UGACGACGGAGCAGAUACAGGCAUACUAUCGCCCAUCGCAUUUCUCAGGCCCAGCGAGAUCAAUUACUGGAAGGAACCCCAAUUCUGUCAUGCCCAUUUCCUUGGCAUAAUGUUGCUUCUAGAUUACCAGAAUGUCCUUCUUCAAUCUUUGCUCACGGAGCGGUUCUCCGCCGCAUCUCCCGUAUCGAUCGACCAAAUAGUCUCCGAUUUCGACGGCGUCACCUUCCAUGUCUCUACACCCGAAUCCAAAACGAAGAUCCUCAUCUCCAUCUCCGUGAAAUGCUUCCGUGAACUGAUACAAUACGGCGCUCAGGAUGUCCUUGAGAGGGAAUAUGGUCCAUAUAUCGUAUCCCCGGAAGCCGGAUAUGACUUCUCUAUUGUUGUGGACCUCGAAAACCUUCCAUCUGAACCCGAGGCGCGUGGAGAGCUCAUAAACCGGAUUUCACUCCUGAAACGAAAUGCCAUGGCUGCACCAUUUGAGCGGGCGUUCCAGCAAUAUUCAAAGCUCGAAGAAGAAGCUGUAAAGUACACAACGGAGGCUAUACCUCAGCGAGUCAAGGAUGGAGGAGAGGUGAUGACCAUUCAUUACCGCGAAGAAGAGGCCAUAUUUAUCAAAGCGUAUCACGACAGUGUGGCGGUAAUCUUUAGCACGGUCUUCAGGGAUGAGACAGAUAGGAUCUUCGGCAAGGUGUUUUUGCAGGAACUUGUUGAUGUUAGAAGGAGGGCAAUAACGAACGCUCCACAGGUAUUGUUCCGGCAUGAUCCUCCGCUAGAAUUACAAGGAGUACCAGGACUUAAAAACGCUCAAAAUGGCGAAAUUGGUUAUAUUACCUUUAUUCUCUACCCUCGACACCUACUUCCCCAGAAGCGCGCUGAGACCAUUUCACAUAUUCAAACUUUCCGAGACUACUUCCACUAUCAUAUUAAGGCAUCCAAGGCAUAUAUCCACACCCGUAUGCGGAAACGAACAGCCGACUUCCUUCAGGUUCUCAACCGUGCCCGGCCUGAAAAUGAGGAACGAGAAAGGAAGACUGCCAGUGGAAGAACGUUCAGAGUUCAAGGCUAGAAUAAGUCUGGACAAGGGGGUAGUUUUUCUAAGUUGUAGCACUUUCUUCCCAUGUACUCUGAGAACCGCCAUAUAGAUCUUGCUGCAGCUUCCAACGC